CCCCAGGGGUUUAUUGAUGUGUCGUGCUGCGGGGUGGUGAUCAUUAACCCUGGGGUGUUGGGAGAGCCAGCUUUAGCCUCAGCGUUAGCCUAAGCGUUAGCUCCAUGCUCUGUGUAAAAAAGUUUAACAACUUAAUGCUAACAACACGUCUGAAAGGAGUUUGAGGUUGAUUCGGGUCCGAACUGAUGCAUAGUGGUGUGAUGUUUGGAUUCCGUGUGGGAAACCCUGGUUAUCGGCGUACUUGGUACUUUUUUUUCCCGGGUUAUUAGUUUUUUUUUUUACACACAGGUUUUAGCCUUCGCGCUACUAAGUUUUGGAGCUAACGCUAGCCCGUUUAGCUUCGUUGCAGACUAACGGGUGCAUCGCUCAACAGUCGUAGUUUUUUAGUUUGUUUUUAACUAAAGUUAAAGGCAAACUGGACUGUAAGCUCCUUGGCACAGGGACAUUUCCAGGACUGUUUUGCUGGUGUAGUUUAGCGGACCGCAUUGGAGUUGCCUAUCUUGGAUUUGGAUUUGUCCUAUUCUGCUGUGUCCUGGGUUAAGACUAUAUAGUCUAUGGCUCUGAUGGACAAACACAAAGUGAAGCGCCAGAGACUGGACCGUAUCUGUGAGGGCAUCCGCCCCCCUAUCCUGAACGGGCCCAUGCACCCCCGGCCGCUGGUGGCGCUGCUGGACGGGCGGGACUGCACGGUGGAGAUGCCCAUCCUGAAGGACGUGGCCACGGUGGCCUUCUGCGACGCCCAGUCCACGCAGGAGAUCCACGAGAAGGUGCUGAACGAGGCAGUGGGCGCCCUCCUGUACCACACCAUCACCCUGUCCAGAGACGACCUGGACAAGUUCAAAGGCCUGCGCGUCAUCGUGCGCAUCGGCUCUGGCUUCGACAACGUGGACAUCAAAGCGGCCGCUGAGCUCGGCAUCGCCGUGUGCAACGUGCCGGCGUCCUCUGUGGAGGAGACGGCGGACACGUCGCUGUGUCUGAUCCUCAACCUGUACCGGCGGGUCACCUGGAUGCACCAGGCGCUGCGCGAGGGCACCCGCGCCGCCAGCGUGGAGCAGAUCCGGGAGGUGGCCGGGGGCGCCGCACGCAUCCGAGGGGAGACGCUGGGCAUCAUCGGACUGGGUCGCGUGGGCCAGGCGGUGGCCCUCCGCGCCAAGGCCUUUGGCUUCGGGGUGAUCUUCUACGACCCCUACCUGCCCGACGGCGUGGAGCGCUCCCUGGGCCUGCAGCGCAUGGCCACCCUGCAGGACCUGCUCAUUCACUCGGACUGCGUCUCCCUGCACUGCAGCCUCAACGAGCACAACCACCACCUCAUCAACGACUUCACCAUCAAACAGAUGCGUCAGGGGGCCUUCCUGGUGAACACGUCCAGAGGAGGGCUGGUGGACGAGAAGGCGCUGGCCCAGGCCCUGAAGGAGGGCCGGAUACGAGGGGCCGCCCUGGACGUCCACGAGACGGAGCCCUUCAGCUUCUCGACAGGCCCGCUGAAGGACGCCCCCAACCUGAUCUGCACCCCCCACACGUCCUGGUACAGCGAGCAGGCCUCGGUGGAGGCCCGCGAGGAGGCAGCCCGGGAGGUGCGCCGGGCCAUCACCGGCCGCAUCCCCGACAGCCUGAAGAACUGCGUGAACAAGGAGUACCUGAUGGCCGCCUCGCAGUGGCCCAGCAUGGAGGCCGCCGCCGUGCACCCGGAGCUCAACGGAGCUGCGGCCUACAGAUUUCCUCCGGGUCUGAUCAGCGUUGCGGGGGCCGGGGUGGGGGUGGAGGGUCUAGUCCAGGGCUCCCUGGCCCACGGCAUCGCCCCAGUCUCCCACCCCCCCCACGCCCCCUCCCCAGGGCAGCCCACUAAGGCCGAGGCCGACAACAGAGAAAACCCCUCCGACCAAUAG